AUGGAAAACGAAUUUUAUAAAACAUCAAACAUAAAAGAAGAAUAUAAAUUCGACAAAAUCUUAGGAGAAGGAUCAUUUGCCGUUGUAUACAAAGCAAUAAAAAAAUCAAACAAUGAAGAAUUAGCAAUAAAAGUAUUUGAUAAGUAACAAAAAAAACAGACAAAAUAAAAAAAAUAUAAAUAAUAAAAUAGAGUAUCAUUAGAAUAUGAUGAUUAAAUGGCAUUAGAAACUGAAUGCGAUAUAAUGUCAAACAUUGACCAUCCCAAUAUUGUAAAAUGUAGUGCAGUAUACGAUGAAAAGUCUAAAUUUUACAUGGUAAUGGAAUUGAUGACUGGAGGUGAAUUAUUUGAUAGAAUAGUAGAAAAAGAGACAUAUUCAGAAAAAGAGGCAGUUGAUGUAAUUAGGCCAAUAGUAGAUGCCAUUAAUUAUUGUAAUAAAAUGGGUAUAGCACACAGGGAUUUAAAACCCGAAAAUCUUCUUUAUAAUAGUCCUGAUCCAGACGCAACAAUUAAAAUAACAGAUUUUGGUCUUGCUAAAGUUAUUUCAGAUGAAUUAAUGACUACAGCUUGUGGAACACCUUCUUAUAUUGCUCCUGAAGUUCUAACAGGUAAAGGUUAUUCAUUUUCAGUUGAUUAUUGGUCUAUUGGAGUUAUUUUGUAUGUUUUAUUGUGUGGAUUUCCUCCCUUUUAUUAAGAAACUAACGAUAAAUUAUUCGAAUCAAUUAAAAAAGGAGAAUUCGGUUUCCCAUCUCCUUAAUGGGAUAAUAUUUCUGAAAACGCUAAAGAUUUAAUUAGAAAUUUAUUAAAAGUAGAUCCUAAAUAAAGAUAUGGACCUGAAUAAAUCUUAAAUCAUCCAUGGAUUAAAGGAGAAGCAUCAAAAAGACAUUUGGCCGAAUCUCAAGAAGCUUUAAGAUAAUAUAAUGCAAGAAGAAGAUUAAGAAGAGCUCAAUUAAGUGUAGUUGCUGCUAAUAGAUUUAAACAUUUAAUCAUGAACAAAUGA